AUGGAGGGUUCUGACUCUUGUGUUCCUUUGAUCCUAGGGGAGACCUUCCAGCCUCCCAAUGGCAGCUGGCCCCUGAGUCAUAAUGAGAGCGACACUGAGGCCACCCUGGCUGUGAACCUCACCUUCUCCUACUACCAGCACUCCUUUCCAGUGGCAGCCAUGUUCAUUGUGGCCUACUCACUCAUCUUCUUCCUCUGCAUGGUGGGUAAUGCCCUGGUCUGCUUCAUUGUGCUCAAGAACCGACACAUGCGUACUGUCACCAACAUGUUCAUCCUCAACCUGGCUGUCAGCGACCUGCUUGUGGGCAUCUUCUGCAUGCCCACCACCCUUGUGGAUAACCUCAUCACUGGUUGGCCCUUUGACAACGCCACAUGCAAAAUGAGCGGCUUAGUGCAGGGCAUGUCUGUGUCUGCAUCUGUCUUCACGCUGGUGGCUAUUGCUGUGGAAAGGUUCCGCUGCAUCGUGCACCCUUUCCGCGAGAAGCUGACCCUCCGCAAGGCGCUGCUCACCAUCGCGGUGAUCUGGGCCCUGGCACUGCUCAUCAUGUGUCCCUCGGCCGUCACGCUGACCGUCACGCGCGAGGAGCAUCACUUCAUGGUGGAUGCCCGCAAUCGAUCGUACCCGCUCUACUCGUGCUGGGAGGCCUGGCCAGAGAAGGGGAUGCGCAAGGUGUACACCGCGGUGCUCUUCGCGCACAUCUACCUGGCGCCUCUGGCGCUCAUCGUGGUGAUGUAUGCUCGCAUCGCUCGCAAGCUGUGCCAGGCUCCGGGCCCCGCACGGGAUGCCGAGGAGGCGGCAGCCGAGGGUGGCCGCUCGUCACGCCGCAAGGUCCGUGUGGUGCACAUGCUGGUGAUGGUGGCGCUCUUCUUCUCGCUGUCCUGGCUGCCGCUCUGGGCGCUGCUGCUGCUCAUCGACUAUGGGCAGCUGAGUGGGCCGCAGCUGCAUCUGCUAUCCGCCUACGCCUUCCCCUUCGCGCACUGGCUGGCCUUCUUCCACAGCAGCGCCAACCCCAUCAUCUACGGCUACUUCAAUGAGAACUUCCGCCGCGGCUUCCAGGCCGCUUUCCGUGCCCAGCUCUGCCCGCUGCCCUGGGGUGGACACAAGCAGGCCUAUUCCGAGCGCUCCGGCCGGCUCUUGCGCAGGCGGGUGGUAGUGGACGUGCAGCCCAGUGACUCUGGCCUGCCGUCUGAGUCCGGGCCCAGCAGUGGGGCCCCGGGUCCCGGGCACCUGCAGCUGCGCAAUGGGCGUGUGGGUCACCAUAGUGGGCCUGGGGAGGGUUGUAACCCUCAUAUGCCCCUCACCAUCCCAGCCUGGAACAUCUGAGAUUGACCAGAGAGGGCAGGCUCUGUAGACCUAUGGCCCUGACUCGACAGCA